ACAAAAAAAAAAGAAUUUAAUUUUAUUAUAUUUGUAUAUUUUACACUUAAAACGCAUUUUCGUUCAAAUAAUACACAAGCAAAUGUAUUUUAAUGUGGAAUUUUUAAUUACUCAAAGUUUAAAACUUAUGUGAAAAAUGAUGAAUACUGAAAACUAUUAGUUUGAUUAUCUAAUUACUGUAAAGUGUAUAUCCUUAAAAAUGUGAAAUAAUGUGUGGAAAAAAUUUCGCGUUUUUGUGUUGUGGACUUAUUCUUCUCGUCACUUCGUCAUCAAAAUCACAGCCAAACAUCAACAAAGUGAGAGAUGAUAAUUUGAGGGUACAAUUCGAGGUUAACACAGAAUCUAGAACAAUUUAUACCGACGAAAUAAAAGCAAGACGAUAUGAUUUAUACGAAAAAUUUACCAACAAUACGCAAUAUGAAACACAGAACAAACUUCGUACUACAUCCAGGAAUAACGAUUGCAAGAAUGUUGAUUCAAGGCAAUAUAAACUAGACACGCGUUUUAUACAUAAUCAUGAGAAUGAUGAGGAAAUAGCAAUAAAAUCUCACGCGAAUUCAAUAAAUCCUAAAAUAAACUUUACGUUACAAGAAACUUAUAAAAACUUGAUUGAAAAGAAUAAUUCCAUGUCACAUGAAGUCUUUGAAAAUUUCAGCAAUGAUAAUACUGAAAGUAACAUCGUCCCAUAUGAAAUGUGUCACAAUAAUAUUUGCAUUCUACUCUGCUGUCCUCUUGGUGAUCGUCUUAUUGACGACAAAUGCAUUUCCAAGAAAUCUAAAUAUCUUUUCCCGAACGUGUACGAAUACACGAACGAUUUAAUUCAUAGCGUAAAUAUAACAGUAGACGAAUUAUUUCAGUUGUCCGUCUACGAUUCGUGCCUGGAAAAGAAUCACUCUGUGCCUUCCGAUGGUCAAUAUGAUUAUAUGAUUUUUGCCAAUGGUUCUAUAUAUUUAUCUUAUUAUAAAAUAUUUACUAAAUUGACAUCAUAUUGUAUCGCCGUCAUGGACAGAGAUACAUUCGAAAAAAUCAUCUGCUCAGAAACUUUAGAUGAGAUCAACAACGCGGUCAUAUCACAAAACGAUAAUGCCACCUUGAAUUUUGACGCAAUUAUACAUGCAAGCUUGCAUGUAGUGACUAUGCUAUUUUUGAUGCCAAUAUUUUUAGUGUAUUCCAUAUUGCCGGAGCUUCAAACUGUACAUGGCUUCAUGUUGCGCAAUUAUAGCGGUGCUUUGUCCGUUGCGUACAUGCUUCGUAUAGUUACUAUUAUCAUCAAAGCGAAUGAUAUACAGUAUCCCAUCUGUAUUACAAUUGCCUUCUUCGAUUACUUUUGUUUUUUAUCAAGUUACUUCUGGCUAACUACGAUAAGCUUUGAUAUGUGGUGGACCUUCAGAGAAUCCUAUUCGUUACAAAGACAAAAAAAGAGAAAGUUGUUUUUUUAUGCGAUCUAUGCGUGGGGUUGUCCCUUUAUUUUUGCUAUUGUAUCUGUCAUCAUGGAUUCUGUUUCCAAUUAUAUACCACAGAUUUUACGACCGGAAUUUCAAUUAGGAAAGUGCUGGUUCCAUGACAAAAAAGUAUUUGCGUUGUAUUUUUAUGGAUUCAAAAGUAUCUGUAUCAUUAGCAGUAUUUUCUUAUCCAUCUCUACGGCAUUGAAGAUCAAACGCUACGAAAAGAAUAGAGGCCGUCCUCUGACAAAUUCAAGAAUCAAGCGGUAUAAUAACAAGAAGAAAUGGUUGAAUUUGUAUCUGAAACUAUUUAUCAUAAUGUUUGUCAUGAUGGGCAUUGAAUGGUCUGUGAUGACAAUGACAUGGUUGUUUGGAGAAGUACCUAAUUAUGUCAGAGAUAUUACUUAUUUAGCCGUCAUCCUGCAGAAUCUUUGCACCUUUAUCAUAUUUGUAUGUAAAAAAAAGAUUAAGGUGUUGUUAUUGAAGCGAUUUAAAUGCGGUCUGUUUCCACAAGCUCAAGGCAAGACGAACGCAACUUGGAGUAUUUACUCUACCAUGAUUAUGCAGAAGUCUAUAUGGGAAAAGACAAAUUCUUUCAGACAAGAAAAUUGUCAACGCGCGAAAGAUUGGUUUGAUGAGACUGAACUCUAAUAUUGCAAAAUGUGUGUGUAAAAAAAGUUGUAUCGCAGAAAGUAUCAACGAUUAUUUAGCAAAUAGUUAUAAUCUUAUAAUUUGUUAAUUAAAAAUAAUUUUAUAGACAUUUUUUGUGUUAAACAUUGAUGUUUUCGUUUUGGACCUCGAAAGUUUAAUUUAAAAUUCGUAUAUAAAAUUUAUGUUUCUCUGUUGAAGAAUGUAAUUUUCACCAUUUGAUUUACCCGCGAUUUAAAUACUGUCAGAAUAGAGAUAGAGUGAUUAGGGAAAUAGGUUUAACGGCACAGGUGAGAGAGAAAUCUUUCUUUUCCGAUGUGAGCGAGCGAGCGAACCACACGUGUGAACGAGUACUUGGCCAAGUGUUGCGAUUAUGAUAAGUUCUUUCUAUCAUUUAUUAUUUAUAAUUUAUUCACGAGUUUGUUUCGUUUGAU